GGGGAGAAAUACUUGUUUGCAACCAAAACUAUUUUUGAACAAACGCUUCAUUUUAGAAAUCCUAGCCAGCUAAGAAAAGCUGAAUUGAGAUUUUUUGCUGUAAAAUAAUUUUGUAUUGCAUUUCAUCAAAUGAUUCCCUGUGAUGCUCAUGUGUUAGGUAAUCCUGACAGAGGAGUAUUUGAAAUAGAAUACGAAGAGGUACUUAACUGGUAUGGAACAGGAUUUGACAUCUUUUGUGGAAUAUUUGCAAGGAUACAUUUAACUUUUUCAGACAUAGAUAACCAAAAUAGGUUAAGAAUUCUUCAUGAAAGUUAAAGCGUUUGUAUUUUAGCCUGCUGCUUUUUCUCCACGGUGUUUCUACCUCUGAAUGAAUCCAAAGGGAAAGCUGGCACUCACUCAGCUGUUUUGACUAUUAAAUAAGUGUGCUUUUUCUCAUUCUGUUGAGAUGGUGUUUAGCUGUGACUGAACAUAAACCUUUUAAAUGUUUGGAAAUAUACCUGCUAUGCUGAAAGGAUGGAUUGCUUAUGCAUUGUAACAACAAAGAAAUACCGCUAUCAGGAUGAAGACACACCCCCACAGGAGCACAGCUCUCCACACAUUGCCAAUGAGGUGACAGGUCCAGAGCUGGUUCAUGUAUCAGAGAAGAAUCUGUCCCAGAUUGAGAAUGUCCAUGGAUUUGUUUCCCAUUCUCAUAUUUCACCAGUAAAGCCCACAGAAGCUGUUCCUUCCUCUUCUCCCAUUGUCCCUGUGAUCCCUGUCCCACCAGUCCCUGCUGAGACCAUCCCAUCCACCAUACCACAGGCAAAUCCCCCUCCAGUGCUGGUGAAUACAGAUUCUUUGGAGACUUCAACAUAUGUCAAUGGCACUGAUGCAGAUUACGAGUAUGAAGAAAUUACUCUUGAAAGGGGAAAUUCAGGACUUGGCUUUAGCAUUGCAGGUGGUACAGAUAACCCACAUAUUGGGGAUGAUGCCAGUAUUUUCAUUACAAAAAUUAUAGCUGGAGGUGCAGCUGCACAGGAUGGAAGAUUACGGGUCAAUGAUUGUAUCCUGCGAGUAAACGAGGUGGAUGUUCGGGAUGUGACACACAGCAAAGCCGUGGAGGCACUGAAAGAAGCAGGAUCCAUUGUACGAUUGUAUGUCAAAAGGAGAAAACCAGUCACAGAAAAAAUAGUGGAAAUCAAACUUGUGAAAGGCCCCAAAGGUCUUGGUUUCAGUAUUGCUGGUGGUGUAGGAAAUCAGCAUAUACCUGGGGACAACAGCAUUUAUGUAACCAAAAUCAUCGAAGGUGGGGCAGCACACAAAGAUGGCAAACUUCAGAUUGGAGACAAACUUUUAGCUGUCAACAGUGUUUGCUUAGAAGAAGUUACUCAUGAAGAAGCAGUGACUGCCUUAAAAAACACAUCUGACUUUGUUUAUCUGAAGGUUGCAAAACCCACCAGCAUGUUCAUGAAUGACAGUUAUGCCCCUCCUGACAUCACAAACUCUUAUUCUCAGCCAGUGGAUAACCAUAUCAGCCCAUCUGCCUACCUGGGACAGUCCCUGCCCCCAGCAUCCCCAGGGAGAUACUCACCAGUUCCCAAGGGAAUGCUUGGAGAUGAUGAGAUCACCAGGGAGCCUAGAAAGGUUGUCCUACAUCGAGGAUCAACAGGUCUUGGUUUCAACAUUGUUGGAGGAGAAGAUGGAGAAGGAAUUUUCAUCUCUUUCAUCCUUGCAGGAGGGCCAGCUGACCUGAGUGGAGAGCUUAGGAAAGGAGAUCGUAUAAUUUCUGUAAAUGGAGUGGAUCUAAAAUCAGCAACCCAUGAACAGGCAGCAGCAGCCCUGAAGAACGCAGGCCAAGCAGUGACUAUUGUAGCUCAGUACCGUCCAGAAGAAUACAGUCGUUUUGAAGCUAAAAUCCAUGAUUUACGGGAGCAGAUGAUGAACAGUAGCAUUAGCUCAGGAUCAGGCUCUUUGCGAACCAGCCAGAAGAGAUCCCUCUAUGUCAGAGCUCUUUUUGAUUAUGACAAGACUAAAGACAGUGGCCUCCCAAGUCAAGGACUGAACUUCAAAUUUGGCGAUAUUCUCCACGUCAUUAAUGCUUCUGAUGAUGAAUGGUGGCAAGCACGGCAGGUAACUCCAGAUGGAGAAAGUGAUGAAAUUGGAGUUAUCCCAAGCAAACGGAGAGUUGAGAAAAAAGAACGAGCCCGUUUGAAGACAGUGAAAUUCAAUUCCAAAACAAGAGGAGAUAAAGGGUCAUUCAAUGACAAGCGUAAAAAGAACCUCUUUUCCCGAAAAUUUCCCUUCUACAAGAACAAGGACCAGAGUGAGCAGGAAACCAGUGAUAUUGACCAGCAUGUAACCUCUAAUGCCAGCGAUAGUGAAAGUAGUUACCUUAUCUUGAUUACAGAUGAGUACGGUUGUUCAAAAGGUGGCCAGGAGGAAUAUGUGUUGUCAUAUGAACCAGUCAAUCAACAAGAAGUCAGUUACACUCGACCUGUGAUUGUUUUGGGACCCAUGAAAGACAGAAUAAAUGAUGACCUGAUCUCAGAAUUUCCAGACAAAUUUGGGUCAUGUGUUCCACAUACUACUAGACCAAAACGAGAUUAUGAGGUGGAUGGACGUGAUUACCAUUUUGUCACUUCUCGAGAGCAAAUGGAGAAGGAUAUUCAGGAUCACAAAUUCAUUGAAGCUGGCCAGUACAAUAAUCACCUUUAUGGAACAAGCGUCCAAUCAGUGCGAGAAGUAGCAGAAAAGGGUAAACAUUGCAUUCUUGAUGUUUCUGGUAAUGCGAUCAAGAGGUUGCAGAUUGCCCAGCUGUACCCAAUCUCCAUUUUUAUUAAACCCAAAACAGUGGAAAAUAUCAUGGAAAUGAAUAAACGCUUAACGGAAGAGCAAGCCAAGAAGACAUUUGAGAGAGCCACGAAACUGGAGCAAGAAUUUACUGAACACUUCACAGCUAUUGUCCAGGGAGACACUCUGGAAGAAAUCUACAACCAAGUGAAACAGAUCAUAGAGGAACAGUCUGGUCCUUACAUCUGGGUUCCAGCAAAGGAAAAAUUAUGAAAACAGAUUUUUAUUUUUCAUUUUCUAACUGACAUCACCUACUACAUCUGACGACUCUUAAGCCCUUCCAGUGGAGCCUGCCUCUAGUUCUUUCCAGCGUGGUUCAUACCCUAACCAUCACAUUCUGCAGUUCCCAUAAUGCUUUACAUUUGGUGUCUCUCUUAGUUUAAAUAAUUUGUAUUAUUGUGUGUUGUUGGUUUGCCAUUUUUCGAACAUGACAGUGGAAUGGCCUGACCAGCUAUUAGUUUAGGGUGG